AUGCCCUCUAAGUCCUCCUCCAACAAGAAGGCCUCCGGCUGCGGUUGCUGCUGCUUCUCCAUCCGGAACCUGAGCUUCCUCGCCAUCUUCCUAGCCCUUUUCACCGCCGUCUACAGCUUCCUCGACGCGCGCCUGGAGCAGUUCUACAUCUUCGACGCUGAGCAUCUGCACGAACUUUCUCAGCGCGCGAUCAAGACCCAUGGCGAAGAUACCCGCUCCAUCGUCAAUUACAUUGUCUCCGAGCUGGAGGAGAAGGUUGGACCCAACUACCUGAGCACUGAGGAGGAGUGGGUGUUCAACAACGCUGGUGGUGCUAUGGGCGCUAUGUACAUUAUCCAUGCCAGUAUCACCGAGUACCUGAUCAUCUUCGGAACUGCCAUCGGAACCGAGGGCCACACCGGUCGACACACUGCCGAUGACUACUUCAACAUCCUCUCCGGUACCCAAUUGGCCUACGUCCCUGGCUCCUUCGAGCCGGAGGUCUACCCCGCCGGUAGCGUCCACCACCUGCAGCGCGGCCAGGUCAAGCAGUACAAGAUGGACUCUUCCUGCUUCGCGCUCGAGUACGCUCGCGGCUGGAUCCCUCCCAUGCUCUUCUUCGGAUACGCCGAUACCUUCUCCAGCACUCUGGACUUCCCCACCCUGUGGGCUACAACUCGCAUCACUGGUCGUGAGAUGAUUUCCAACUUGCUGCGCUUCAAGCUGUAA